AUGGAAUUUUAUGCUAAACUACUUUUAAAAUCUUAUAAAAUAAUGUUGCUACUGAAAAACAAAAAGAAACAUAGCGUGCUUUUCUCUGUUGCUGAGAUGCGCCUUUCAAAAGAUCUAGCAGAGCUUUCCACAAAGCGAUAUACAGCAGGCUAUACAAAUAUAAAUAUCUCUUUCCCCUACAAUGAAGGUAUAUAUAAAUGCGUCCCAGUUUCACUUCAAAUAAAGCCUGAUCAGAAUCAUUUAUACGCAGGAGCUUGGUUCCAUUGUAUUAUAAAAAUAAACCCUGGCUAUCCUUUCAAGCCGCCAAUUGUAGUUGUAAAAAACCAAGUUUAUCAUCCAAACAUCGACAUAGACACCGGGUAUUUCGCAAUUGAUGCCCUUCAAGAAGAGGAAUGAAAACCGGUAAUGACCGUUAAUUCAAUAAUUUUUGCUAUCGAAUUGGUUCUCUAUGAGCCAAAUCUCAAUUUAAUUCCUGAAAAUAUUUUGAAUCUAGAAAUAGCAGAGUUAUACAAAAAUAAUAAAAGCGAAUUUCAAUGGAGAGUGAGCCAAACAUUGCAAGGUGGGAUUUUUUUUGGUAAAUAUGCUUUUGCACCGAUGUAUGGAGAAUCUACUUUUCAAAAACGACCACGAGAAGGACUUGACGAGCUUACCAGGAAAAUGAAAAAAAUUUCAAUUAGUGCUGAAAUGUCUAUGGAGGUCGAUCCUUUGUAA